ACUCCUAUAACAAUCUCCUCCUGAGAUAGAGAUCCUGUUUUCCCUGUCUCUCGUUCCUCUCACAAAAAUAUCUCGACAAGGCUAGGCCAAAACAAGUGCUCGUCAUCAGCUGUCUUUGUAAACUGUGAGAGCUCCUCUCCUACAAUUUGAGUGCAGUCAUGCGCGGAAUACGUAUCAAGUACGUGGCAGUUCAGCUUGCCGUGGCAGUUUACAUUGGCCUGAUAGCAUUUGCCAUGUUCAACUCUUGCAGUCACUGUGCUGUGACCUCACCAAAAACUCUCAUGAAGGGCCCAGCAGAGGGCAAAUGUCAACUGGACUGGGAUUCUCUCGGUGUCCGUGAGGUGCACAAGUCCUUUGUGCCGACGGAGGAACUGAUACAGUCGGAAAAUCCGGCUGUGAAGAAAGGAGGCGCGUGGGCCCCAACAAAUUGUCAGCCCUGGCAACGUGUUGCCAUCAUCAUUCCGUACAGGGACCGAGUGAACUCGCUCCUCAUCUUCUUACGCAGAAUUCACCGUAUGCUGCAAGCGCAAAAAAUACAUUAUCGUAUAAUUUUGGCAGAGCAGGCAGGGACUGGCCAGUUUAACCGUGGCAAACUGUUCAACAUGGGCUUCCUGGAAGCGAUGAAACUGGACAACUUUGACUGCCUGGUGUUCCACGACGUUGAUCUUCUGCCCGAGGAUGACCGGAACCUGUACCUGUGCGAUGAACAUGGCCGCCAUUUAGAGACUGCUACUGACGAUCUUCGCUAUCAUUUGAAGUACUACAAUUAUGCCGGAGGUGUGGUUGCCAUCAGCGUGAAGAAUUUCAAGGACAUCAACGGUUACGCAAAUGGCUACUGGGGAUGGGGAAAUGAAGACGACGAUUUUUCUGCCAGGAUCACAGAGUCAGGCCUUCUCUUGACCAGACCGCCUGAGCUGACCGGCCGGUACCAAAUGGUUCCGCACCCGAAGAAUUCCAGGGCGUCUUCAGGGAAUAGCAUGUUCUUUGGCUGGCGUACUCGAUGGCAUUCCGACGGGCUGAAUGACCCCGUUGGGAUGAACUACUCAGUGGUGAGGGUGGAGGAGGCAGCGUUGUUCACCCGUGUAGUGGCAGACAUUGGUUCGCCUCCCCCGAGCUCUUCCGUGACCUGGGACCGCAGCAAGGAUGUGUCUUUGUGGUGGUUCUUGUCGUUUUAUUACCCAUAGACUGCUGAUGGAGGUUGUGUGAAUUCUUCGUCUCGGGGGAAAAUGGAUGGAGAGUAUAUAUAUCUAAUUAUUUGAUAAAUAAUAAAUAUAUAUACAUUUUGGUGACAUGCUGUGCAGGGAGUGUUGGUCUCAAAAGAGGAGCUGAAACAGAAAAGUUAACAAAUAUGCGGAGAUGGGAGGAAAUACUUAUUAUUUUGCUGGAGAAAAGACUCCAAUCUAUUGCAUUUAGUACACUGAUUUGAUAUCAUCAAAGUACUUUUAUUUCUUUAUACUUACGAAGGUAACACUUGCACAUUGCUUUUUGAUUUGAAGUUCCUGAAAUUCUAGACUUGUAAGUUUACUUUUGUGGAAAUGUAACUCUUUUUUAGCUGUAAGGCCAGCUCUGUUUACUGUCUAAUGAAAGGCAUUGAGGAAGGCUUUUUUACAGAUGGUCAUCUGCACAAGGAAAUCAGAGGCUUUCGCUGCUGUCUGAGAGUGCAUGAGUUCACCAUUUACGAAAGUGCCUCAAAAACUGUACCGUAGGGAAUAGAUUCAAUGCUGGCUUGAGAGGAGUCAAAAGCUGUGAUCAGAUCAGGGCAUUUGCUUGUUGACAUUGUGCCCACUGUUCAGUGCAACAUUGUGGUGUUUACAUCAUGAAAUGAUGAUUUGUGGGAAGACAAAAUUUUUUUAAUAAAACAAACAAAUUGUGGCUGCCAAGUUUCUUGUUUCUCUUUUUACAAUUUCUAAUACUUGUUGUUAUCUGUUAUUCAUGUUUGAUACUAUGCAUCUUUUCUUGUUUUAUUUGCAUUUACCAAAUUAGAUAUGAUGUUUUCUGUUCUUUGCUGAAUUUUUUUCUUUCUGUAUCAUGCAACCUGAAUAUAAUAACAAUGUGGCGAAAUAUGGAACAGAUCUGUUGCCUUGCUAAUUUAGACAGAGAGGGAUAUGUGUAAUUUCAAUGGGAAAAUGUUGUAGACCAACAGGUCAGGGCGGGUGUGAAGAAAGAUUUAGGACCCGAAGAAAACACCCUGCAAUGUUUGUAGACUGAGUCAGAAGUCUUUUCCUUGACUGUAAGGAAAUAGACUGUCCAUGUAGAUAUAAGUUUGUUAAUGUAUUAGGGAGUGCCUAACAUUUUCGGAUCUGUGAGGCCAUUGUUUGUGAAAUAUACGUUCUUUUUUUUUUUUACUACUGCAUAGGUCUGUUCUAUUACUGCUGAUAAAACAUUCCAUUGUGCCUAUAAUCUAAUGCCUUGUCUGUUUUUCUGUGGCCAUAUUUUCAAGCAUGAAAAGGCUGGGGAAAAAGUUGUCUUGAUAAUUCUGUGGAUGAUUUGAUUACAGUUGUAACAACUUUAUGAGAUUGGAGUGAGAGAAAUUGUCCACGUACUGAAAAGUCAAGUGCAAUAUUUUGUCUUUUGUUUUUUUCUGUUCAAUACUUUUGUUGCCCCAUUCCAAAUGCUGCUACUUUCCCUUCCAACCACUCGUGCGGCCGUUCCGGUUCUGUUGAAACCAGGGAUGGUUGGAGGGUGUUGCUUUUAUGUCUUUCUUCUUUCCUCCCCUGUUCCCCAGUGUGUGUGAUUUGACCAUGAUUGUGUGUGUGAGUCGAAGAACUUUGCUCAACCCCAGACAAAGCAACAGAGGAAGAAAAUCUUCCUGAAAGAAUUGGGCUAUAUUUGCUGUCCUUGAAUGUGUGACUUCGCCUGUCAUUUUUGUUUCAAAGCGAUUCUGAAUCAGUACCUGUGCAUAAUACAUAUCAUUGUCUUCAGUGUGGUGUAAAGUUUUUAUCAAAGGUUCUUAUUUUUUAAAACCAAUUUACAGGAUGUGUUGCCGUAAGUAUAUGAGCUGCAUAUUGAAAUCAAGAGACAUAAUUUAAUUUUUUAGAGCCUUUUUAGUGAAUAUCAGUGACACAGGAACUGGCAUAUAAGACUCUAAAAUUAAUGUGUGAGUCUUUUCUCUUCUCUGAAUAAUACUUUUUUUUUCUGAGUACAUUCUUGUAGAGUAUGGGUUUUGCUCUUGUUUUUGUUGUAUGACUCCAUGAAUGAAUAUAAUGAUAUGUGCUAAAAUGUUAUAGAGAGACUUACCAUGUUUUAUCUGACCUGAUGGAGACCAGUACUACAGGGCUAUGACAUGCAGAAUGCCCAUUGUAUUUCCUUUGGGUUGAAAUUAUUCUGCAGGAUUUGUUUAAAUCCAAACAUGAUUGGCAAAAAAAAAAACGACAAAAGAUGUAGAGAUAGACGAAUAAAA